AUGGCAUGCCCUGGGCGUAACCAUUCGAAGGUACUCCUAGCUGGUACGUACGCGCUUUUGCUGAUCGUGGCAACCGUUGUGGACGCGUCGGGAUCCAACUCCACCGAUAGCCCCGUUCAGCGAGCGUUGGCGCAGCGUGCGAAACGCUGGAUCCUGAACUACCCGGUGAACGGUGGCGUUGCGAAGAUGGUGUUCGGCUUUCUGGCUCCGAUCCGAUUUCACCAUACGCUGGUGCGCCUCCUCAACCUGUCGGUGAACAUUCAGUCCAACUAUCGCAUCCUGCCGACGAUCAUUUUCCCACGGCCGGAAACGAUCUUCAAGAAUCGCGCCAACAGCGAGUACACCGACACGAGCCGGAAGCAGAUGUACGAACUGGUGGAAAAACUGCUGAAAGGCUGGAAUCGCAACGGUCGCACGUGCCUGUUGCGUACGAUCUGCGAGGUGGCCGAGGCCCCUCUGGGCCACAACGGAUUGAUUGGUGAGCUGAUCGAAGUCAUCUUCACACCGUACGAGACAGAUCAGCUGGACAGCGAGUAUACGAUGGCUCAUAAGUACGGUGCCAAUGGCGUCGAUUGCAUGCGGAUGUACUCGGAGUGUCCACUCGGGCACGGGCUGCUCGAUAUGAUUAGCUUGAUCAGCAAUGAUGCUAUAUAG